AUGGACUUUUCAACAGACAACGCAGUAGACGGUUUGGAGCGUCUCCAUCGGGUCUCCGGUUCUGGCGGAGGGGCUGAAGAUUCCUCCAAGAGAUACACCCCGCUCGCCUCUGAUCAGGGUGCUGCUGAACUCAAUGCCGGCUCUCCGGGGAUCGUGUCUGACAUUUCUGAAUCAACUUUUAGCGAUGGCUCUGCUCUUUCUCCGCAAAAAAGUCAGGGAUAUGAGGCAGACCAUGCUCAGGCGUACUAUUCCUACUGGACUCCCCCAGUCUACAACCCGACGGUCAUCGACAGUUUCUUAACACCGUCCAGCUCACCGCAACCACGCCUGACCGCUAACUUUGAACGAUUAAUGGGCAAGGUUUUGACGUGGGAGUUUGUCCCGGCUCUCAAAAAUACCUUGGCGAAAACUGGUCUGGACAUAUUGGAGGCAAGAGUGGAAGGAGCGGCCGAUGCUUUUCUUUACGAUCUGAAGAAUGAAGAAAACAUUUUGGAGAAAGUAAAUGAGAUCACAUGUACCUACACCACCGAGAAGUCCGAGGAUCUACUGGACCACUUCCUAAGUUUCUGGAAUCCUUGA